GUCUGACGCGCCCCCAGUCAGCUGCACCGAGCUGCACCGCCGAACAGAUACGGAUACCUGCGAAAUGGCAGGCGCUAUAGUGCGUUGUUUUCAGGUCCCGAGGAGACAAUUGGGUCUCCUCGGAUCGAGUUUGAGCAACCAGCAGCAGAGAACAUUUGCCGAUGCCGCUCCGGAGGGAAAGAAAAGAGGUGCACCUCUGGCUGAUCAGGAUCGCAUCUUCACGAACCUGUACGGCAGACAUGACUGGCGACUGAAGGGUGCCAUGAGCCGUGGCGACUGGUACAAGACCAAGGAGAUACUUCACAAGGGCGCCGAUUGGAUCAUCAACGAGAUCAAGAUCUCUGGUUUAAGAGGGCGCGGUGGAGCUGGUUUCCCCUCUGGAAUGAAGUGGUCUUUCAUGAACAAACCGUCCGAUGGCAGGCCCAAGUACCUGGUAGUCAACGGUGACGAGGGUGAGCCGGGCACGUGCAAGGACCGCGAGAUCUUGCGUCACGAUCCGCACAAGCUCGUGGAGGGCUGCUUGAUCGCUGGUCGAGCCAUGGGAGCCUGCGCUGCGUACAUCUACAUCCGCGGUGAAUUUUACAACGAGGCGUCCAACAUGCAAGUCGCCAUAGCCGAGGCUUAUCAGGCCGGUCUGAUCGGCAAGGAUGCCUGCGGCUCCGGUUACGACUUCGACAUUUACGUGCAACGGGGAGCAGGCGCGUACAUCUGCGGCGAGGAGACCGCUCUCAUCGAGUCCAUCGAGGGCAAGCAGGGCAAGCCGAGGCUGAAACCACCGUUCCCGGCUGACGUCGGCGUGUUCGGGUGUCCGACGACCGUCACCAACGUCGAGACGGUAGCAGUGGCGCCUACAAUUUGCCGCCGGGGCGGAGCGUGGUUUGCCUCAUUCGGGCGCCCGCGUAACCACGGAACCAAGCUCUACAACAUUUCCGGCCACGUGAACAAGCCAUGCACCGUCGAGGAGGAAAUGUCCAUCCCCUUGAAGGAGCUGAUCGAGAUACACGCCGGCGGCGUGAUCGGGGGGUGGGAUAAUUUACUGGGCGUGAUUCCCGGAGGUUCCUCGACUCCCGUCAUUCCUAAGAGUGUGUGCGACACCGUGUUGCUGGACUUCGAUGAUCUCGUCAGGGUGCAAAGCUCGUUCGGCACGGCCGCAGUAAUCGUGAUGAACAAACAGACGGAUAUAAUUAAGGCUAUUACUCGUUUGAUAAGCUUCUACAAGCACGAGUCCUGCGGGCAGUGCACGCCCUGCCGCGAAGGCAUCAGUUGGAUGUACAAGAUAUUGAAAAGAUUCGCGGAGGGUAACGCGGAGGUGCACGAGAUAGACAUGCUGUGGGAGCUUACGAAGCAAAUAGAAUUGCAUACAAUCUGCGCCUUGGCGGACGGUGCCGCGUGGCCCGUGCAAGGUCUGAUUAGGCACUUUAGACCGGAGAUCGAGGCGCGCUUGAAGAAAGAGAAGGUAGCCGCGUCCAGUUGAAGAGUCGUGCGAGAUAGGAGCAGCAAUCUAAGAUUAGAUGGAAUACAACAGAGAGGAGGAGAUAAUUAGAGCGAUCCCUGUAAGAUUUUGUAUUUAUUUCAGUGUAUAUAUAUAUAUGUGAAUCUACACGCGAUAGUCACGAUUUCUGUGUAACGAUGUCGGACCCGGGUUAACGAUACUGACGAGUAUCGUUCCGGCGGUUCAACUAAUAAAAAAAAUGUAAAAAAA